CUGUGCCUAUAAAGACCGCUGCGGCGGGCUGGAUCCCGGUUCCUCUCCUUGUGCAGCGUUGCGCCGGCGAGCUCGUGUCUCGUUUCGCUAUGGCCCGUACAAAGCAGACUGCCCGCAAGUCGACCGGUGGCAAGGCCCCGCGGAAGCAGCUGGCCACCAAGGCGGCCCGCAAGAGCGCGCCGGCCACCGGCGGCGUCAAGAAGCCGCACCGCUACCGGCCGGGCACCGUGGCCCUGCGCGAGAUCCGGCGCUACCAGAAGUCGACCGAGCUGCUGAUCCGCAAGCUGCCCUUCCAGCGGCUGGUGCGCGAGAUCGCGCAGGACUUCAAGACCGACCUGCGCUUCCAGAGCUCGGCCGUGAUGGCGCUGCAGGAGGCGAGCGAGGCCUACCUGGUGGGGCUGUUUGAAGACACGAACCUGUGCGCUAUCCACGCCAAGCGCGUGACCAUCAUGCCCAAAGACAUCCAGCUGGCCCGCCGCAUCCGCGGGGAGCGGGCUUAAGCAGUGUGCGCUCGGCUCGAGGUUCCAUCAUAUCCAAAGGCUCUUUUCAGAGCCACCCACAACUGCACUUGGAAGAAGCUGUGCCACUUGUCCGUGCUCUCCCGGCGGGCCCUCGCAUACCCCGGGAGGAGAGGCCGUUAGAGCGGGCAGAGCGUUAGGCUCCAACAGAUAGGCUAAAGAAAGGCCAGGUAUCCGGCCUAGUCCCCUGCUUGCUGGCCGCCUUCCGGGGUGUCAAGAUCUGAGUGAGUUUGGUCAGUCGGCUUCUCUGGACUGGCGAGGUUGUCGCUGCGUUCUUGGGCGCGGCCAGGGCGCCCAGUUUCGCUUCUUGGAGGCGGCCACGGGUCCUCCCGUAGGGUCGGGCUCUUCUAGGGCGUCUUCUUAGUCGACCGUGGCCCAGAGCUGU